AUGUCGGAGCGACCGUUAGUCCGUCCGGACGAGGACGGUGUCGUCGACAUCUCGUACAGCGGACUGGGCGAAAUCGCAGAGGCCUAUCGACUUCCCUGCGGAACUGACGCCGCUUUUAGCAAUCCGUUCCUAGAGUUCCAGGCGACGAACUGCAGAAUAAGUCGAAUCCAAAACCUCGAUCGUUGUACUUCGUUGCGUCGUUUGGUGCUUCGCCAGAACCUGAUCACGGAGCUACGUGGACUGGAGACGCUGUCGGAGCUCGAAGAAAUUGACCUCUAUCUAAAUCAUAUCAGGGAAAUCAGCGGACUUGAGCAUAAGCCCAAAUUGAAACGCCUGGAUUUGUCUUUUAACCGCAUCCACAGUAUGGCAGGGCUGGAGCGUUUCCACUUGCCGGCCCUGGAGGAACUGUAUCUCGUCCAAAAUAGAAUCAAGGAAAUCGCUGGCCUCCAAGCACAUAAUCUACCGCAACUGCGAUUGUUGGAACUGGGAUCCAACCGCAUAAGAACGCUUGGAGACAAUCUAUUCGAGGUAGGAGGCUCGCUAGAGGAGCUAUGGCUCGGACGGAACAAGAUCGUUCAGCUCCCGUCGCUGCACUGCUUCCGCCGACUCAAACGCCUUUCACUGCAGAGCAAUCGUUUGUUGGCACUAGGGAGCGCCCUCGAAUAUUGCCGAGACUCGCUCGAAGAGCUCUAUCUCAGUCAUAACGGUAUCUCGGCUCUAAAUGGGACGGAGAUGCUCCGAAACCUGAAGCUGUUGGAUCUGGGUUGUAACCGCAUUGCGCGCCUCGAUGACUUGUUGGAUGACUUACAAAAUCUCGAAGAGCUCUGGCUGAACGAUAACAAAAUAGACAGCAUUGAACAGUUGCGCCAUCUCUCGGCACAUGCGAAACUGCGGACCCUGUACCUGGAGGGAAACCCGCUCGCUGAACGGCUCCAGACUCAGCACGGAAACAAGUGGUAUCGAGCGCUGGUGCUGCGUGUUCUGCCUAUGUUAACACAGCUGGAUGCGGAACCCAUCGACGAGGAGACGCGCGCGCUCGCCGAUUCCGAGCAUUGUGAGUGCCUCUGGAAUCGGGAGGGUUGA